AUGACCCAGACCCUCCAUAAAAGGGAAGCCCCUCUUAACCUGGGCGGCGGCUGGGCAGCCUCUGCUCCGUUUCGCUCUUGGUCCUCCUGCCACCGAAGGCGCAGGGGCGCCCCGAUUUACAAGCGGCGGCAGCACUAUGGCCCCAAGGCUGAGUAUGAGCCCCAGAGGAAGCAGCCGAAGCCACGGUACGGCCCGGGCCCUUGGUUCCAACCACCCCAGAGUCCUUACUGGGGCAUGUACUCUAACUGGGGGUGCUGGGGAGGGCCCUGGUGCCCACCUCCAAUGGGAUACCGGAAGCCCCCCAGCCCUGGGCUAGUGGCCCGAAUGUAUGGCCUGCACCCCGUCUGCCUUUGCUGCUGCUUCUGCUGGCGUGGGCCCUGGAACCCCGGCUGGGCGAGGGCCCCUGUCCGCAAGAAGCGCUGGGGCCGCAGGGGCCGUGGCCUGCGCCGCCAGCCUAGCCGCCCGGUCCCAAGGAGCCCAUCGGUGGAGGUGAGCCCCCUGCUGCAGCCGGUCGACCUGUACGGGUGGCGGGCACCUGGCCUGCAGGCGCCGCGCAACACCACUCAGUUCAUCAUGAACCAGAUCUACGAGGACAUGAGGCAGCAAGAGAAGCUGGAGCGUCAGCAGGCCCAGGCAGGCGGAAACGAUGCGCCUCCCAGUGGUGAUGAGGAAGACGCAGAGAUGCAGGACGCUUUGUAUGGCUUUGGGCAGAAUCCCUCUCUGGCCUUUAGUCCUGCCCCGGAGGAAGAGGAAAACCAUUCUCCGGCCCCACAGCUGGUAGAGGAAGAGCAAGAGGAGAAAGUUGAUGAGGAGUGUGAUGAGGAGGAGUGUGAUGAGGAAGAGUGUGAUGAGGAGUGUGAUGGGAAGGACGAAGAGAGUGAGGAAGAGGAGAUUCUUGUUCCACAGUGCCAUGGAUCUUCCUCAGAAGAACAUGAAGUUGCUUCUGUGGAACUGGUUCUCUGCCAUGGCCUCAGCAAUCCAUACCAUGCAUGGAGAAGAUGCCCCAUGGUCAGAAGUCAACUUGCACAUCUAGUUAAAACCCAAGGUCCAGAGUACCAUCUAGGCCCGGAGGUACCCCGGAGCGGCGGUGGCGGCGUCCCUGAGUCGGACCGGACCGGACCGGACUGUGAGUGCUGCUCCGGGCAUAAGUUGCCCCUUCCCGUCUAG